UUUUUCUUUUUUGGGGUUUUUUAUUCUCCACAUAUCCGACAUGUGCGCCCGGGUUUGGUUCGUGACCGACCGGCGGAUCAGCCAGGAGUACCCGCAGGUCCAGAUCCUGCGGGCGCUGAAGCAGCGCUGCGCCGAGGACGAGGUGGAGUUCCGCUCGCUGCUCAUGGAUCAGAUCGUUCUGACCAUCUGCGAAGGACAAUUAGGUCUGCGGGUAGAGCAGGAGGUAGUGACGUCUUAUCCACAGGUGGUGGUGGUGAGGGUGCCCACACCCUGGGUGCAAUCAGACAGUGACAUCACUGUGCUGCGCCACCUGGAGAAGAUGGGGUGUCGGCUGAUCAACCGGCCUCAAGCCAUACUCAACUGCGUCAACAAGUUCUGGACCUUUCAGGAGCUGGCCGGCCACGGGGUUCCUCUUCCUGACACCUUCUCCUACGGAGGCCAUGACAACUUCCGUAAGAUGAUUGACGAGGCAGAGCCGCUAGGAUACCCCGUGGUGGUGAAGAAUGCACGCGGCCACAGAGGUAAAGCUGUCUUCCUGGCACGGGACAAACACCACCUGACAGAUCUGUGCCACUUGAUCCGGCACGAAACUCCCUACCUGUUUCAGGAGUACGUGAAGGAGUCUCACGGCCGUGAUGUGCGUGUGGUGCUCGUUGGUGGUCGCGUCAUCGGCUCCAUGUUACGCUGCUCAACUGAUGGACGCAUGCAGAGCAACUGCUCGCUGGGCGGUGUCGGUAUGAUGUGUCCGCUCAGCGAGCAGGGAAAGCAGCUGGCCACAGAGGUGUCGAACAUUCUCGGCAUGGACGUUUGCGGCAUCGACCUCCUGCAGCUCAACGACGGCUCCUUCGUUGUCUGUGAGGCAAAUGCCAACGUGGGUUUCAUCGCCUUCGACCAGGCCUGCGGCAUGGACGUCGCCGGCAUCGUUGCAGACUACGCCCUGUCCAUGCUGCCGAACCGCCUCACCCGCAAGAUGUCCCUGCUGUCCGUGGUGUCCAGCACCAGUGAGACCAGCAGUGAGCCCGAGGUUUGUCCUGUUCCUGGAGGGGGCGGCUCACUGCCCGAGGUUGUCUGCAAUAUGAGCGUGGGCUCCACGUCCAGCGAGAGCGACCCCGAGCUGGCUGAACCCCCCCAGUCCUCACCCCGACAGGCCCCGGCCUUGCCCGACCUUCCUGAUCCAGCGUACAACUUCAAUGCCCUCCUCACCAGUGAGAUCAACCUAUUGACUGAGUGAGACUGAAGCAGCGUCUCUGUCACACACACACACACACACACACACACACACACACACACACACACCUGGCAACAGACAUUCCUUUAACAAAACGCGUUAUCAGUCCAAAAAUGAUUCAACUUUAGGAUGUAAGGUU